AUGUCAGACAGUGCAGUGCAUUUAUUAGACCAAGCAGCAGGGUAUGGCGUUUUAGUGGGGGUUGGUGCCUUAUUCGCCGGUGGUAUGAUUUUAACCACUUUUUUGUUGCAAAAAUAUCUUCAUGAAAAUGCAAACAGUACAGAAACAUUUGCAGUGGCAAAUAGAUCAGUGGGUACUUUCCUUUCAGCUUCUGCUGUUUAUUCGAGUUGGAGUUGGAGUACGGAAUUUUUGCUUGUUUCACUGAUGACCUACAAUUAUGGGAUACAAGCUGGGUAUUACUAUGGAGCUGGUUUAGGAAUACAAAUUGCGGUUAUGAGUGUUAUUGGGAUCCAUGCCAAAAAGAAGAUCCCAACAGCACAUACUUCAUUAGAGGCAAUUGAAUUGAGAUACGGUAAGUCAGCACAUUUACUUUACUUGACAUUAUCUUUGAUUUGUAACAUUUGUUCUUGCCUGGCAAUGAUUUUGGCAUGUGCAUCUGGUAUUUCGAUUAUUGCUGGUAAUCUUCAUAUUGUUGCCUCUACUAUGUUGAUUCCCUUUGGAGUUUUGUUAUAUACUGUUGUUGGUGGACUAAAGGCAACAUUUCUUACUGAUUUUGUGCACAGUUCCAUUUUAUUGAUCAUCUUGUGCUAUUUGAACACUUCAGUCUUGACUUCUGAACAAGUUGGUGGAUUAAAUGGUUUGUAUGAAAAGUUGCUUAAAGUAAGUGCGACCAAACACAUUGAAGGAAAUUACGAUGGUUCAAUUCUCACGGGUAAGUCCCAAGGUGCUGCAAUUUUUGGUUUGAUUUUAACUGCAGGUAACUUUGGGUUGUCCAUUAUGGACUCAUCCUUUUGGCAAAAGACAUUUUCUGCACGUCCCCGAAGCACCGUUCCAUCUUACCUCAUCACUGCUUUUCUUAUAUGCUCAAAUGUUUGGCCAUUGAGUGCAAUCAUUGGUGGAUCUCUGCACUUUUUGGAAACUGACCCUUCGUUUCCUACAUACCCUCGUAAAAUGAACCAGUAUGAAGUGGACUCUGGAUUUGUGUUGCCCUACGUGUUAAAAGCAACUAUCGGGAAUGGGGGUGUUGGUGCCUUACUUUUGAUUUUUUAUUUGGCUGUCACAUCGACAGUUUCUGCCCAAAUGGUUUCUGUCUCAUCAAUUGUAACAUUUGACAUCUACAAAAGAUACUUUAAGCCAGAUGCUCAAAAUAAAUCCAUGAUUAAGGUGUCUCAUAUUACUUGUAUUGUAUUUGGAUUUGGUAUUGCUGGAUUCAGUAUCAUGUUACAUUAUGUCGGAAUUAAUAUGACCUGGUAUACUUACUUUUAUCCAAUUCUUAUCUGUCCAGGUGUAAUUCCAAUUAUAUUAACAGUGACUUGGAAUAGACAAACGUUUUGGGCUGCGUUUAUUUCCCCACUAGCAGGUUUUGCUGCUGGGUUGGCUGUGUGGUUAUCUACCGCUUACCAUUUCUACGGAGAAGUCACUAUUGCAUCAACUGGUGGUCAAUUACCUGCUUUGUACAGUUCUUUGACUGCAUUGUUGUUGCCAGGUGUGUUGAGUAUUAUUAUUUCACUUAUAAAACCAGAAAAAUUUGAUUGGGAUCAAUUGAAGAAAGCGGAUUUGUUAGUCAAGAGUGACGAUUCGACUCAAGAAGAUUUAUCAUCUGAAACUGAAAGAGAAAAAACUGAAAAAAAUGAUCAAGUUGAAGUCAACGUCGACUCUGAUCGAAACUCGUCUUUGGAACAACAAGAACAUCCUACUAAAUUAACAGAAAAAGAAUUGGACUUUUGGAUCAAAAUUGCUACUGGUGCUGCAAUUUUUAUUUUAUUAAUAACUUGGCUUAUAUGGCCAAUGUCUGUUUACAGAGAUUGGAUCUUCACUCCUACUUACUUCAAAGGUUAUGUCACAGUCGGAUUAAUUUGGCUAUAUGUGACAUUGAUUGUAAUUGGUGUUAUUCCAUUUUAUACGGGAAGACAUUCUAUGGCCAAAGUAUUCAAAGGGGUUUACAAUGAUUACAUCAAGAAGAAAUGA